AUGGCGAACAACGGACCCCAUGCCGCUGGCAUCUUCGCCGACAUGACGGUCGAUGGACCUGAGAUUGGGACGCUGGUCAUUGUGGUGGACCGGGCCAAGAAUCUGCCUAAUAGAAAGACGAUGGGCAAGCAGAACCCGUACGCGGCUGCGAGAUUAGGCAAGGAGGCUCGCAAGACCGAGACAGACAAGAGAGGCGGGCAGACGCCUAGAUGGUGAGUUGGAGAGCAAUAGGAGCAUUUGGGCACCGAAAUACUGACUAAUGGUGUUGUAGGGAUCAAGAGCUUCGAUUUACCGUACACGAUUCACCCGACUACUACAACCUCAAGGUCUCCGUGUUCAGCGAGGACAAGCGGACCGACCUCAUUGGCGAGGCUUGGGUCAGCCUGAUGGACGUCGUCGUGCCUGGAGGUGGGAAGAGCGAUUUGUGGCAGCAGCUCAACUGCAAGGGCAAAUAUGCGGGCGAGAUCAGAAUUGAGUUGACAUACUACGACACACGAGAGAAGCCGGACAAAGGAGAAACAGUCACGUCUGUUGCGGAUGAAUUGAAGCAGCAAUACGGGAGCAUCAAUGCCAAGGUGAAGAGGAGGCCAUUGCCGGUCAAUCCAAAUGCACCCGUCACGACACCUGUGGUUAUUCCUGAUCGUGCGCCGCCUGGGCGAGCAAAACAUGGCCCUAGGGACUUUUCGACACCCCCAAGAGCGAAUUCGUUGCCGCCCGAGGGUUCGAAGACAUACAACUAUCCACACUCGCAAGCGACAUUGUUUGGGCGGUCGCCCGUCAACGGACAUCACGAGCGAAGCACACCAACGGGAGCAUCGCCGGUGCAUCCGGAGCAUCCUCCGGCAGAUCAGUACUAUGGGGAGUACGAUCCGAAUCUGGGCCCUCAGCUGUACGAGGCUGAGCCCGCGCCCAUACCAGACUUCCUACCGCAACUGGGUCCAAAUCCGCGGCAGCGCAGUUCAAUGCAGCCUCAGGCUAGACCUCCGCCGCGUCAGCCCCUUCCGCAGCAGCUCAGGCCGCAAGUAAACACGGUGCUUGCGCAUUCGCAUUCGGCGCCAGCUGUGCCUGUAGCGCGUCCGGACGACACGGCAUAUGGUGGAAGUUCGCAGCUGCACACUGAUUACCCGGAGCCGAUCCCGGACUUGGACUAUCAGUACCAACAUGUCCGCCAGAGACGCAGCGAUGUUCCACCGGGCUGGGAAAGCGAAUAUGGUAGCCCAUAUGCUGAUCGACAGCCUUAUAUGGAGGAUGAGUUAGAUGGACCUCCGCCGCCGCCAGUCCACAGCAACAGCUCCCCUGCGGUGCCCCAACAAUACAGCUCGCCUCAUGGACGUCCGUACGCACCACCAGUACCGAGAUAUGGGACAACACCGCCCAUGAGAGAACAGUACAUACCGAACUCAUCGCCGUUGCAAAGCAUUGAGCGUGCUCGUGCACCUCACACACCACCUAGUCAGAGACACCCACCAAGAGGUAGGUCUAUUGAUGAGUAUGGUACUCCGCUCUACCAGGGAUCUUACGGCUCGACGCCAAAUCUGACGCCGGCGAGCCAAACACCGCCUCCGCACGGCACGACUUCUCCAUCGGGAAGACCAUACGCUGCUCGACACAGCGUUGCAGACAUGUACAGCUCCCCCUUGAGGCCCCAUCCGUUAUCGCAAGAAGUAUCUCGAGCGCGAAGUCCCAAUCCUUACGGCCAACCAACUGCCGGCUCAUCGCCUUACGAUCAGGAUCCGCAUCGACAAGGGGCGCCACCGAUCAUCAAGCCACGAGCUCUGUCUCCACAGCCGGCACCAGCACAUCCCUCAUCUGCCCCUCCAUCAUCAUCUCGGCCAAAGAGCUUGUACAGCAUACAGAAUCCUGUUCGUGCUUUCGAGUCUUGUGAUGAGAACCCACUUUCUACGUCGCGGCCGGUGGUGCAACAGAUGCCGCGCAAGUCGGUCUCGCCUCGACCGUUCGCCUCUGAUGGCGGCCGCUCUGCAGUAGUACCUUUCUCGCCCGACAGCUUCGGUGUUCACAAUCCUAACGUUCUAGAGGAGACGUCCCCGACGCGCACAGGACCGAUCGUAGGAUGGCAUGGCCAGGAGAUAGAUCCUUCGGACCAUCUUCCUGUUCAUUCUUGGGCGCCAGAGCCCGAGGCAAAGAAUCCCAACAAGACGUAUGGAACCGGACGAGAACGCGACUUUGGUCCUAGAAGCGCGCAAGGCAUUAAAAAUACCGCGGGUAGGGUGUCCAAGGAUACUCUGAUCAAUGUGCGUUCCAAACCCCAGCUGCCGCCGGAGCCCGAUCCGCAGCCGCAACCCUCGAAGAUCAGGGCGAAGCUCGUGAAGAGGGCUGGACUGGGAUCGAGUCCGAUCAUGGAGCCUCUCAGAGAUCACGCGAACUUCAAUCCGGUCCCGAAUCCUUAUGAGCAGCAGCAACAGCAAUAUACUCGCGGGUUCCGUGAUCCUAGCCCCGGUAGAGGUCCCGGAGGGCAGUACAAUGGUUACGCACCAUCUGUGCCGCCUAAAGUGCCGAUCCAGCAGCAGGAGUACGGACCAGAUGCUCUCUCGCGGGAGAUCUCCAGUAUUGAUAUUGGCACGAGCCGGCGACCUGCUCAACCCGCUUUUGUUCCGGUGAGGAGUCAUCGAGACAGGAAUACUUACUAUUAG